GACGCAGUCUGGUCCUCUCCAUCCCAGUGCCCUUAUGGGCUGUGACCGCUCGUGGGACGUUCGCCGGCAGGAGCUAGAUUCGUGAUUGCGCGCUCAACGCCGCGCUGCACGCAGGCCGCUCGGCCAGAAGCUUCGGCACUCCAGCAACGAAAGCGACGGAUUCGUUGAGAUUUCGCGAGUCAGGAGUUGUGUACACACUGACUACUGUUCAGGCACUCACACUGUACCUAGCUCAUCCAGCUUGAUCCCUACACGACCCUGUCAGCGCCGUCGGACUGUGCACGAGCCACACAACAAGCGUUCCUCUCAAAAGUGUCAACACUCCUGGACCCCCCUGUCGUCGGUAUGUUGCAAUCGAGUGUCAGGCUCGGGUGGCAUGUGCAGUAUGCGCCCUCGCCGUUCGGCAAGAUCACCAGCUUUCCCAGAUCUCGUUGAGGCGUUAGCCGGUGUUAUCUAUAUGCGCGAUACGGAAAGGGCUCCUGCGAGCUUCAGCGCUUACACCCAACCCGUAGCGCAGACCAAAGCCAAAUGCGUCUUUAUCAAUGAGCAGUCAAAAGUCUGCGUCCGCUUCAAGCCGUCCAAAUCGGUUCACCCAAACACGCCGGGAACAUAUUUACUGAAUGCACCCAAACUCUCACUUGCUACGCUCGGCUCUGUUGUUUCACCUUGUCCCCAGCACCUGGACCCGAUGGCCGACCAUCUCGACUCUCUUUGAACAGAAGAAAUUUGGUCCUGUGCAACGUGCGAGCGCAAUCU